UCAAGCUGUCUUGACACUUCCGAAAUGUGAAGAUGGGUUGGAACAAGGAUGGAACUGCAAAUGCAGCUGCCGCACAGGCCAAUGUACUCGUGGAUAUGUCACACGACAGUGUGAAGAGAGAAAGAUCGUGGAGCAGCCGCGGCUGGGCACAGGGCUGUCGUCUAGUACCUCGUCGAGCAGCAGGCCAAUAAGGAGGCGAAGGAUAAUGAGGACCGGAGGCCGCUCUACCAUACCGCCGCGGCCGGGCACACGGCCACCGUCCAGUACCUCAUCAUGUAGGGGGCCGAGCUAUUGAACUAAGAAAUCAUAGGCACCAGGACUCAAAUUCAUCUAAACCACCUCCCCACCCACCACCUGACGAUUGAAG